AUGGCGGGCCGGUUGGCUAGGAUUCAAGCCCGAGGCAAUGCAGAAGCUAUCCUCACUGCGGCUGGGGUCUCUCUCCUCCAGGACCAUGGGACAGCUGCCGCCGGGUACCCUGACACCCUGAGAAUAAGGCCAACGGGCAUGGGAUGGAUGGUGGGAUGGUGCCGUUCAGACCCGGUCAACGCGGUGAACAUCUACACAGUAUGUACAAGCCCCCGCCCUGGCUUGCCAGCCUGGGUUCCCGACUGGCGCGCCUGCCAGGGCAUGGAGGCUAGGCCACUGGUGAUGGGCUUUGGGAAGCCCAAGUGCCACUGUGCCUGGAAAACGCGGGCUGCAGCCACUCUCAAGAUCAGCACCCCAAGAGCAAGGGACUUCAUGUCCAGGCUGCGACAGGGAACAGCAGGGAUCACGACACCCUUUGACAUUCCCUUGCCAUCCUCCCUACUCUUCUGCAGUCUGAAGUCUGCACCACAGCCCUUGGCCCUUCUCCCAAGUUUGGCUCCUGGCCUGUCGUCUCCCCAGGUCGCAGGUGCUCCCGCACACGCUUGA